GGUCCAUUAAACCUUUUAGGGCUGUAGAGGGACUAGAAACAGAUUAUGUGCACAGGUGCUGCUCUGCAGACUGUCAGACACUAUGUGGGCCAGUCAGAUGGAGUGAUAGUCUGAAAACAACCCGGCUGGAUGUGUUCUUUAAAAGCGUUUAACUCAACAGGAAUACGACGCAAGAGCCGGCUGCUGUGAAGAUUAUGAGUGAGGUGGUUAUCACGAAGUCUCAGGAGGAAUAUGAGGACGACUUUGAGAAGGAUCUGGACUGGCUGAUCAGCGAGGAAAGCAGGAGUGAGGACCAGUUUUCUAAGUGUGGAGUGCUGCUCUACUUACUGCAGACUGGGUGCUGCUUGAGUCUCUGACCCCGCUCUGUGAAAGUGUCACAGGUCCUGACUAUGAGGACAUAGAGGCAGAAAUAGACAAAGAGCUGGAGGAGGAUGAGAAACAGAGAGGAAAGAAAGGAAAGCCCAAAAUCCACAAGGAGGAGAAGAGAGGCAAGAAAACAGAGGAGAUGGAGGAAGAUGAAGAGAGGUGGCCCUCGCCGAUGGAGCCACUAGAGUAUGAUUCAGACAGUGACAACCCAAAUAAGUCAGCAGCAAUUGUUCCACCUCCUCCAGGGAUGGAUGACCAGACAGAUGAGGAGAAGAAGUACAUCCUGGAGAAGAUCCAGCAGGCCAAUCGGGAGCUGCAGGACCAGGAAGCUCCGGAUAUGACAAGACGCAGGCGGCUGCAUUUUAAAGAGAAGCUGGUGGACCUGGUGGUGCCUCCACUGCAGUUUGAGAAAAAUGGAAACAAUGGUGAGGUGGAAGGGGGGCAGGCCAGCAAGGAGAAAUCCAAGGAUUCAGAGGCAGAGAUUGAAGUGUUGGGGAAGCUUUCUGAGCUGAAGCUUUCCCCUCGAGAGGAGAGUGUAGGAUCUAGAGGAUCUGGCAGGGCUGUGGAGAACAGUAAGGGAGACAUAAAGGAGGGCAGAGUCCUUGUAGAGAAGGAUGGUAAGUUUGACCUGGUCAGCCUGAAAGAGGUGGAGAGUCAAGGACUUCUCCCUCCGAUAGCAAACAGUGACUACUCCUCCCCACGUCACCAGGAGCAGGCUGUGAGCUCUGGUAAGACCCACAGGUCCUCCUCCUCUCCUCGUCCUCGUGCCGGCUCGUCCCCCUUCCAACAAAGCAUCGAUCACCUCCGUGCCCCCAGACCUCCAGCUCAGCCCAGGAACAGACCCAGCUCAGCCAGCCACAGCCAGAGAGGCAGCCAGAGGAGAGGCAGCAAGCGGCGGGUGCAGUCGGCCACGGGGACACCCUGCCAGGCCACCUACACCCUCUCCCCUCAGCAGAAGGAGCUGCUGCAGAGGAUCCAGGAGAGGAAGGAGAAGCUGGCCAGAGAGGAGGAGCAGAGGAAACUGGAGGAAGAGGAGCAGAAGCGGCAGGAGAACGAGCUGGCGUUCAAGGCCUGGCUGAUGAGGAAGAGGGAGCAGUUUCAGGAGGAGAGAAGGAUCCAGCGAGCACAGGAGAUGGAGAGGAUGAAUACUAAGAAAGACUCCAGCGACCCAGAGGAGUCCUUCAGGCUGUGGCUUCAGAGGAAGCAAGAGCAGCAGCAGAAAGAGAGGCAGCUGGUGGAGCUGAAGAGGCUGGAGGAGGACAGUGGUUACCUCCUGCACAGCCGCGAGGAGUGUGAACGUGCCUUCAAGCUGUGGCUGAAGCGGAAACGUGCAGAGAAGCGGGCAGAGCAGCAGGCAGCUCGAGAGCGCUCCCGCAGGCUGGUGCUGGAGGAGCGGCGCGCACGACGCAUGAGGGACCUGCUGUGUACUGUCCAUGAAACCAAACCAUUCAGAUUCACCGAACAGCUGGCCUACCGCUUCUGAACCAAACAAAUUCAACACGUCCGCUGGAUUCACACAGCAUCACCUCAUGAAAACGCACAAAGCAGACAACACAAGACUUGACGUGAAACAUAAGACAGUUGAUUCUGUGUUCAGGUGUUGUUAGAGUUUUGUUUCAUCAUUUCUGUUCCUGUGCUGUGUUAAAGCACAUUUUGAAAAGUUUACCGCAGUGACCUCUACUCAGUGUGAUAAAGUAUAUUGAGUGAAUGAUUUUUUUACUCGUACUUAGUGUAGUGGCAGACGCACUUUAUUUUAAAUUGAAAUGACGCUCUUCAUGAAGAAGGGAGCUGAACCAUUUACCAUUUGUUAGCCUGCUGUAUGCCUUUUGUCAGAGAGUGUUUGGUUACACGCAGAUGUAUGAGAACACCUUCAAGUUUACAACAGGUUGAAACUGUAAAGGAAAUAUCUGUAAGAGGAGAUUUCUUCAAUUAAAAGGCGUUCUUAUUUCAUACAAAAGAAUGAAUAUUCAAUUUCAUGACCACACAGAAGAAAUAAAACAUUAAAUACAGAUGUGGAGUUUUAUGUUUUUAAUUUUUAGGCAUGUACACAUACAUUUUUGUGUGCUACAGCAUUUCAGAAUUAAAUAUCAGUGAAACAAAAGUGGCCAACCUCAUACCAACAGGAUUAAGCUUCUUGGUUAGCAGUUUGAAUCUAUUGUAGGAAGAAAAAAAACAAAAAACAAA